UCUUGUACAGCACGGGUUCCCCGGUCUGUGGCAAUCAUGAAUCGGGAAGAGCAUUAUUACCCACCUAACCAUCUGUACAAGGAAUCUUGUGCCUUUCAGAGACACCACAACGAAGACUACAGCCAAAACCCUCCACCGUGUCUGUAUAUGAGUAGACCGACGCAACCUGUCUACGCCUCGCCGUCCUUGGGCGUACAGGACCAACCAAAUCUUACCGACAUAACCUCUUAUAGCAUGUCGACACGGGAUGAUCUGGCAGUACCUCAUCUACACCUGCCCCAGACUCCACAGGCACCUCUACAGACGGUCGGGGGUUAUGGAGACUCUCUUGACCUGUGCGGAGAUCGGAACAGAUACCAACUCCCCUUUCCGUGGAUGAAGUCAACUAAAUCUCAUACGCACGCUUGGAAAGGACAGUGGGCAGGCCAUUACAUGGUCGAGGCGGAGGAGAACAAGCGCACACGGACAGCUUACACCAGAGCUCAGCUGCUAGAGCUCGAGAAAGAAUUUCUCUUCAACAAGUACAUCUCGCGCCCACGCCGCGUAGAGCUUGCGCUUACCCUCAGCCUCACCGAGAGACACAUAAAGAUCUGGUUCCAAAACCGACGCAUGAAGUGGAAAAAGGAGGAGGACAAGAGGAGAGCAAGAGGAGUGGAUCCCGAACAAGAUUCCUCCAUCACGUCUGGGGAUUUGAAGGAUGAGUCGUGUGCGACCCCAGGAAGUCUACCAGGACCCCCCUCACCGCUGCACUCUCAUGUACUCCCAGCUUCACGAGACUCUGCGUAA